UUGCCUAUCAAGGAAACGCUGUUGUUGUGAAACAUGUAUAUCAUGUAGCUCCGUUUAGUAGGCGUUGCCAAAAAACGCACGCGGCCACAUGACAUCAUAACCGCACAUGCGCCGUAGCGGGGUCUCCUGUUCUUUAAUGGCGGCGUAUGGGAUAUGGUGUGCCUGCUGUCCUGUUUUCUCCGUCAUGUUUCCGCGCUGUUACCCCUCGUCCACACCUCACAGUUUGCCUCAGUGAAGAGGUAACAUCAGAGAAACAUUUGUGACAGAGAAGACUGCUCUCGCGGAGACAUCCCGCCAGUUAUCGAACGCAGUUCGUUCCACGUGGUGGACGACCGGCCAACUUUUCUUCCCAGAUCGUACGUACCGCACACUUAUUGAGUCGUGCUGUCGGGUUCACAGGUCAGUUUGAAGAGUCCGUGUUUUUGCCACGCAGGAGAAACACGCCAGAGAAGCGGUUCUGGGUUUUCGUCCGCAACUGCGAGCCGAUUUGUGGACGUAGCACCUUGGGUUGGCAGCAGUUUCCGACAACAACAGCGGCUGCCCCGCAAGGGUCGAAGGAACGUGGCCGUUGCACGUUGUACGUGCUGACGUGCCAGAGGUUCCAUAUUGAAAGUUCUUUUGGAUUUUCCACCGUCCAUACGGUAAGGACACCAUCAGAACACUCAACCGCACUUUACAGCAGCGUGCACCCGAACCUUGUAUUUUAAGGAGGUGAUCGGUGGCCAGCUGGGAAAGAUUUUAAGCGUUUAUUGCCGACUUAGUCGUGAUAUCGGCGUAUCAGGAUAUGGCGGCUGAAGUGGCCAACCAGCCAGCGUUCAGCGGUCCUCAACAGACUAGAGAGCCCGUUUCUCCUAGAAAUGUGCAAGAGGGCGGUCAGGGAGACACAACAAACAGUACUAGGACUCGUUCAGAAUCUCUGGAAACGGAGAGAAGACAGCCAGCGUCCCCGGGACCCGCACAAGCCGAGGGAGAGACGGACAGAGAACAGGAUGCAAACUCAGCAGACACAAAGGUCGAAGUAUCUAAACCUAAGGAAAUCGUAGCCGCUCCGCCACCUAAAGUCAACCCAUGGACGAAAAACAGGACAUCAGAAAAACAGCAACAGCCACCGCCUAAACAGCCACAGAAAAGUCCCGGAGCUCCAGUCGUACACAAAACACCCCCAAAGCCAAUGGUAGUCAAAGCAGCCAACAGCAAGUCUGAAAAGGCCAGUGACUUCACUGACAUCACCAACUGGCCCACUCCUGGAGAGCUGUGCCAACAAACCACACCUAAGGAGAAAGUGGAGAAAGACAAGGAGGUGGCAACUGCUAUGAAGUCUCCUGUAUCAAAGAAGCCAGAGAAGGAUAACACCAGUGACGACUCACUGAAGGAGAACAAACACAACGGCACCCCAGUAACUCCAGGCUGGCGGUCGGAGGGCCCGGGGAGCGGCGGGGGCGGGUACGGGCGCGGCUACCGGGGGGGCUCGGAGAGGGCGUGGCAGGGGACGGGGAGGGCGAGGAGGCCGAUACAGCAGCAGCAGGGCCUAUGA